AGAGAGGGAGAGAGAGAGAGAGAGAGAGAGAGAGGACAAGAACGUGACGAGGCAGCCUAAGAGCUGUUAUGCAACCGCUGACCUACUAACACACAUCUCUCCAGCGAGGGAGCCGGAGAGAAACUGGAGCAAAGUGUCCGGCAGCACACACCACGCACAGGCAGCUCCAGCCAGGAGACACCAGCAGCCCCAGUGACUCCAGCGCCACUGCGCCCCCCGACCGCGCGACAACUACACGGAAACUUUGUUUUUCCGGGGGAGGUUUUUUUUGUUGUUGCUACAGGCGCAAACGAAAGGAGGGAGAAAAAAAACGGGAGAGAGCUUUUGUGUUUGGGGGAAGCAGGAUUUUUUUCUCCUCCCCGCCGCUCCAGGACAUGGAAAGUUAGUGGUCAGCAAACGGCAGCAAAGCAGCUGGAUCCUUGGGGAGCCCUGAACCACACGGACUGACCUCCAUCCUCUGUAAGACACGCAGAGGAAUUGUGUUGCAGCUUGACUGGCGUCUCGGCUCUGGUGAAGAUAACUCAAAAUUACCCGUCCACUGAGACGACUCCCGUCCGAUCACCUGGAAACACAAACUGGUUUCGUUUUUUUAGGUUCCUCGUUACAAACACAAGUUCAAUGUCUAAGGUCUUUGUGGAGUUCCACCUCUUUUUGAUCUUCUUGGCUUAUAUGGGCACUUGAACAUUUUGCUCUCGAAAACGGAAAUAAAUGAGGCUAUCCCCUUCAAGGAGCACAAAUAACUCAUCUUUAGGUUUUUACCGAUCCCACAACUUAGGUAAAACCACUUAGUAGAGCAGAAGACUCCUACAGUUUUACAUAGUCUCCCUUUCCCCCUUUACCCUUUGCUUGUUACACUCUUGCCCCUAGCUGGGAAAAAAUGGAAAGUCCCAACAUACACAUCCCAUCCACCAGCAACAAAAAUGCCAUGGAGGUCGACACUUUUUCCUCCUACAGCGGCAGCCUCCCAUCCCCGACUCCCGAAGGCGGAGCGCGGAUGAGCCGGCAGUCUAAAGGCUCCAAGUCCAGUGCGAGCUGCCGUCGCAAGCGAGAGUUUAUUUCUGAUGAGAAGAAAGAUGCCUCCUAUUGGGAAAAACGGAGGAAGAACAAUGAAGCAGCCAAGCGGUCAAGGGAAAAGCGCCGCCUCAAUGACAUGGUGCUGGAGAACCGGGUCAUGGCGCUGAACGAAGAGAAUGUUCGCAUAAAAACGGAGCUCCUCCAGCUCAAGUUGCGCUUUGGCCUCAUCAGCACAGCCUCUUACAUGGAAAAAAGUCAGCAGAUCUCCAACAGCGCAGCUGCAGCUGCAGCUGCUGCUGCUGCUGCAGCAGCCAGCAGUAGCAGCAACGGCACCCCAAAUAGCAGCGCCUACCUCUCAAGCAGCGGCUACUCCAGUGCGUCCCAGGUGAUGCUGAAUUCGGACUCAUCGGAGACCGAACAGUCCAGUCGAGGCGAGCGCCACGGCAUGCUCCACCAGUACUCCCCCCGGGGCUCCGUCUCCGACAUGUCUGACGGCUCCUCCAGAGACAGCCCCGAGCCCAUGGGCUUCAGCAUAAAGACAGAGCCCUCAAGUGUGGACAUGACCAGACUGGAAAGCAACGAGGCGUCCAAUGGCGGGGCUUACCACGGCAACCACACCGCGCUGGUUUCUCCCCAUCAGCAGAGCGCGCCGUUGGCCGAAAGCGCCAUGGACUACCAGCACCACCAACGGCAGCAGCGCCACAUGGAGGCCUCCAGUCCGGCCCCUCCGGCCACCUCUGCGCAGAGGAGCGUCAUCUUGUACCGCUCCAGCAGCGGCUGUUACCCCAUGGAGACCCAACGGCCCGAGGACCAGCAGAACAGACCGCCGCAGCCCGCACAGCACUCCUCAAACAAGUUCUCGGACUGCUCGGCGACCAUCACAGAGGUGGCUGAGAAACUAGAGAGGACAAAAACCAUGGACUCACCCGAGUACGAAUACACCAAUGCUCAUGCGGAGGCCGCAGAGGAGCUGCAGACCAGUUACAACGCCGACGGCCAGCAACAGCACCAGAUUCAUCACGGCCACUACAGUUACCAGAGUCAGGAGAGAAGUCUGCAGCACGCAGAAAGCCACCAGAACCCCUUCGCCCCAGAUCUGAUCCACAACACUGAGGAGGGCAAGUCCUCUUUCCCACAGCACAACGGCUACCUCAACACACUGCACGAAGACCCCCCCGUGCUCACCUACGAGGGAGGCCCGCUAGCCGGCGGUUUCUUCCAGGAGAACUCCUGCACUAAAGACACCUCAUCCAGCGACGGGGACCCCCGCAGCUCUGAUAAGGAGGGCUCCACAGACGACGAGUCCCCUUCCUCCUCCUCGGACAUCAGCAGCUACCACCAGAAGGAGGCGGCGGCCGCUGGCUCGCACGGCGAGCUCCAAGCCGAGGUCAAGGGCACUGCCCUGCCCCACAAGCUGCGCCUCAAGUACAGAGCUCUGUCCAACGGGGCAGCGGGACUGCAGAUGGAGGCGACGGUCAACACCUCCAUGUCCCCCUCUCCCACUUUGCCCCAGCACCCUUACUUGGCUCUACCCAGCAACCCUCACAGCAGCCAGACCAGCGGGGAGAGCAAAGAGGUGGAGAAUGAGGCAGAGUACGCGGAGGAGCUCGACCCUUUGGAUGACAGGGCGGAGGCUAGAAAGGAGGGAGGGAAAAAGGGAUCCGGCAGCAGAGGUGGUCGCAACAAGAAGCGAGAAUAAGGACGAACGGGAGCAUUUUCCUGUGACAUACCGUACAACCAUGACUCACGUCGCCACCUUACAAGACGGACAGUACACCUGUGUGAGGUGCAGUUAGGAUGUGGUUUCACUGUGUCACCUAUUCCACUGUUGCUCUUCGCCUACCUCCCACCUAUCCCUCCUUUGAAAAGGAUGGACUAUUGCUUAAAGAGGCAGGGGUCAAAAUGAAACUUCACAGCUGGGGACCGGGAUAUUUCCCGUUGAGGAAAAUUCGUUAUUCAAUUAUUCGUAUUUGUAAAUUGCCUUGAGAGCUGGUCAGCAUUUAUAGUGGCAUUAUGGGAACAUUCCUUUGACCAAAGAAUACACAUCCUUCCUGUAGUGUUUUCCUUUUUUUUGGCAAAGAAUAAGUCUCUUACUUCCCCUGAAAAAACUAGUACCAUUUAAUCCUCCGUCCUCUUACCAUCUGCACACACAAGUCCCCAUCACUUCUGCAGCACUUAGAUUGUAUAUUACUGUGACAUACAUUUGCAUAUAAGGAGUAUAUAUUUUAAGAAGAAAAAUGUGGCAAAAAACAAACAUAAAAUGAAUCAAAGCAUUGGGUUGAGGAAGUCAUAGACUUAAAGGUGAUUAAUCGGUUCAUGUUGAGACACCUUGUACAGACGCUCUUUGUCUUGAAAGAUUUUUUAGAAAAGUAUGGGCCCCAACUUGUAAAAAGAAAAGAAAGGUGCACUUCUUUUUUUCAAGUGUAUCAGUCAGAAGAUUCAGGUGCUCUGAGUUCUUUGUCGCCAGUCAUUCGCAUAUCAGUCAAGGCUAUGCAGUCACACAUUGCUGUUUGCAAAACCUGACAAGCACAAGGCAAGUCCCGCCUGCCAGCCGCUCAACGAAAAUCAUCACAUCUCUAAUAGUGUCUGUCUAAUAAAUAAAAUGACUCUCCAGUCAUAAACCAGCAAAGCUGCUCUCUCUUCAUAAGGUGCCUCUUUAUUGUGUUGUCACUUGUCCCUACUUGGCCAAUGUCUUACGGGCCCCUCACCUCUGCACUGAGUUGUUUUAGCUACAGUAGCUGCAGUAGAUCAUACAGUGUGUACAAGUUUAAAUGUUUCACGUCUUGGUGCCUGCCUCUGGCCACUAUGUAUAAAUGUAAAGUUGUCUCUAUCUCUUGUAUACUGAUGUCCUUAUUUUAUUAUUAUUUUAUUAAUAUUGUUAUUUUCUAUUAUAUUCGGUUAUUGUUUGAGCUAUUAUUAUGUGCAUUUUUCGUUCAUCCUGUUGUGACAUUUUGCUCUAUACUGUUCCUGGUUGUGCUGUGUAUUUACCCAUAAGGCCCUUUCGCCCCGGUUACCAUUUGUACCAUUUGUGAUCGUAUAAACUUUGUUGUUUGCCGAAAGGCUUUCCGAAAAUGGGAAAAAAUUAAAUUUGAAUAAGACCUAUCCAGAAGUGAUUAUGUAUUGCUCUAUUUCAUGUGGAAAUGCAAAAUGGUUACAGAAACACUCGUUUUGGAUUGUGAAAAAUAAAAAUAAAAUGUUGUUGAAUUUGAA